AAAAUGGAGAACGAUGCUGGAGAGUUCGUCGAUUUGUACUGCCCCCGCAAAUGCUCUUCGAGCAACCGCAUCAUCCACGCUAAGGAUCAUGCCUCCAUCCAGAUCAACAUCGUCGAUGUAGACCCGGAGACUGGCCGCAUGCUGGACACGUCUAAGGUGUACGCUAUCUGCGGUGAGAUCCGUCGUAUGGGUGAAUCGGAUGACUGCAUCGUUCGUCUGGCCAAAAAGGACGGGCUACUGUCAAAGUAA